AAAAAUUGUCAAAAUUUUAUUUGCUCUUUUUCAAAAGUGAGAUUUGCCCAGGGUGGUGGGUCAUGACUUUAUUCCCAGGACUUGGGAGACAGAGGCAGGUAGAUCUCUAUGAGCUCAAGGCCAGCUCUGUCUACAAAGCGAGUCCAGGAGAGCCGGGACACUGAGAAACCCUGUCUCAAGGAACUGAACUUUGGUCCACUGCAAAAGCAGUAAGUACACAUAACCACUGUGUUUUUUUCUGCAGUUGUGUUAAUGUUUAUAAUGUGCCUUUGACCUUUCUAUUUCCAGAUGAGAGUGGUAUUAGAGAUUAGCAGAGACCAGCCAGAGGUUCAUGGUGGAGCACUGGAAGCGACCACUGAGCCUCCGCUGAUUGGACUUUGCUCAGUUUCUCUAACACCGGAGUGAGGAAUGAGAGGGUGAAGAAGAACAAAGCUGACUACAAAGCACUAUGGAAAGGUGACAUACUAAGUUCUUACUAGGACCAGCUGUUCAAGAGCAUCCCGGAACAGAGCCAGACACAGUUGAGACUUGGCGGGACCUAACACCAGGGCAGAUUCCUCUGCAGCAAUGUCGGUGUUAGAAGAAAGCCGGCCAUUUGCUCAACAGCUAUCUAAUGUCUAUUUUACGAUACUCUCCCUUUUCUGUUUUAAACUUUUUGUGAAAAUCAGCCUCGCCAUCCUUAGUCAUUUCUACAUCGUGAAAGGCAACCGAAAGGAAGCUGCGAGGAUAGCCGCUGAGUUUUAUGGAGUAAGCCAAGGACAAGGAUCCUGGGCAGAUCGAUCACCACUGCAUGAAGCUGCAAGUCAAGGUCGUCUUCUUGCUCUGAGGACAUUAUUAUCACAAGGUUAUAACGUAAAUGCAGUAACUAUAGACCAUGUCACUCCACUCCAUGAAGCCUGCCUGGGUGACCAUGUGGCAUGUGCAAGGACUCUCUUGGAAGCUGGAGCUAAUGCAAACGCAAUCACAAUAGAUGGCGUGACUCCCUUGUUCAACGCAUGCUCACAAGGCAGUGCAAGCUGUGCAGAGCUCCUUUUGGAGUAUGGUGCCAAAGCCCAACUGGAGUCCUGUUUUCCAUCUCCAACACAUGAGGCUGCCAGCAAAGGUCACCAUGAAUGUCUCAACGUUUUGAUAGCCUGGGGCGUAGACAUUGACCAAGACAUUCCUCACUUGGGGACUCCUCUUUAUGUAGCUUGUAUGUCACAACAGUUCCAUUGCAUCUGGAAGCUUCUUUAUGCUGGUGCUGAUGUACACAAGGGCAAGUACUGGGACACUCCCUUGCAUGCUGCUGCUCAACAGCCCAGUACCGAAAUUGUGAACUUAUUGAUAGAAUUUGGAGCGGACAUCAAUGCCAAGAACACAGAACUUUUGCGGCCUGUCGACAUGGUGACAUCUAACAGUGCUGUAGAAAGAAUACUUCUUCAACAUGAAGCUACUCCAAGCUCUCUUUGCCAACUCUGCCGACUCUGCAUCCGCAACUACAUAGGAAGACAAAGGUUGCAUCUUAUCCCCCAGAUGCAGUUACCAACAUUGCUUCAGAAUUUCUUACAGUAUCGAUAACACAGAAAAUGGUUUCACUUUCUUGAGGAUUCAAAAUUUUCUAUUUCAUUUUCUUUUUAAAAUAUAGAAUGAUAAGGGUGAUGGUAUGUAUAAGUUCACCCAGGACAGCCAUAAAAUCUCAGUGGAUUUUCAUCUGAAGAAUAUUCAUGGGUAGUGUUUAUCAAUUUUUAUGGUCUUUGGAUUAUGUUUAAAAUACCGAUACCAUCUUAGCAUUCUUGGUGUAUCUUCUUGAUUUAAAGGAAAGAUUAAAAUUUAUCCAUUUUAUGUUUUUUUAUUAUAGAGUGGAAAACAAAAUUGCAUAGUUUUGCUAAACAUUUAGUCGAAUUAUAAAUUUCAUCCUGUGUUAUUUUUUGAAUGAUCUGUAUUCUCAAGUAAUGGGUUAACUGUAAUUUUAGCUACUGUUAUUGAUUACCUCUGUGUUUUUAAUAUUGACAAAAAAUUAGAGCAACUAAUAUGCUUUUUGAAAUAAAGAUGACUCAUGUA